AUGCGUCACACAGCUGUAUCAUGCUGGCAGCUGUUCCUGGGUCUGGCUGUGCUGCUGGUCUUCAUGGGCCCCACCAUAGGCUGCCCGGCCCGCUGUGAAUGCUCGGCACAGAACAAAUCCGUCAGCUGUCACCGAAGGCGUCUGAUGUCCAUCCCAGAGGGCAUUCCCAUUGAGACCAAAAUCUUGGACCUCAGCAAAAAGAGCGUCAACCCUGAGGAAUUCACAUCGUACCCUUUGCUGGAGGAGAUCGAUCUCAGUGACAAUAUAGUUGCCAAUGUGGAGCCUGGAGCUUUUAACAAUCUCUUCAACUUGCGCUCCCUGAGGCUGAAAGGAAACCGUCUGAAGCUGGUCCCCCUUGGGGUGUUCACUGGGUUGUCAAACUUAACAAAGCUUGAUAUAAGUGAAAACAAGAUUGUCAUUUUGCUAGACUACAUGUUCCAAGAUCUGCAUAAUCUAAAAUUCCUGGAGGUUGGGGACAAUGAUUUGGUUUAUAUAUCACACAGAGCCUUUAGUGGACUGCUUAGCCUGGAGCAGCUCACCCUGGAGAGAUGUAACCUCACAGCUGUACCAACAGAAGCUCUUUCUCACCUCCACAACCUCAUCAGUCUGCAUCUGAAACAGCUCAACAUUAACGCUUUGCCUGCAUAUGCCUUUAAAAGACUGUUUCGCCUGAAAGACCUAGAGAUAGAUACCUGGCCCCUCCUAGACAUGCUGCCUGCCAACAGUCUAUAUGGUCUCAACCUUACUUCUCUCUCCAUCACAAACACCAACCUGUCUGCAGUACCUUACUCUGCUUUUAAACAUCUGGUUUACCUGACACAUCUAAACCUCUCUUACAACCCUAUCAGCACCAUUGAAGCAGGCAUGCUUUCAGAUCUAGUGCGCCUGCAGGAACUCCACAUGGUGGGGGCCCAGCUACGUACCAUUGAACCACAUGCCUUCCAAGGGCUCCGAUUCUUACGUGUGCUUAAUGUGUCCCAAAACCUGCUAGAAACCCUGGAAGAGAAUAUAUUCCAUUCCCCCAAAAGCCUUGAGGUCCUCUGCAUUAACAACAAUCCUCUGGCCUGUGACUGCCGUCUCCUUUGGAUUUUACAGAGGCAACCCACUUUGCAGUUUGGAGGCCAGCCACCGAUGUGUGCUGGCCCAGACAGUGUAAAAGAGAGGUCAUUCAAAGACUUUCACAGCACAGCUCUUUCCUUUUAUUUCACCUGUAAGAAGCCCAAGAUACAAGAUAAGAAGUUGCAAUACCUGGUAGUGGAGGAAGGGCAGACAGUGCAGUUAACGUGCAAUGCUGAUGGGGAUCCACAGCCUACCAUAUCCUGGGUUACCCCACGUCGGAGACUGAUCACAACUAAAUCAAAUGGAAGAGCCACUGUGCUGGGAGAUGGCACCCUGGAGAUCCGAUUUGCUCAAGACCAGGACACUGGGAUCUAUGUUUGUAUUGCUAGUAACGCAGCUGGGAACGACACUUAUUCGGCCUCCCUUACGGUAAAGGGGUUUACUUCAGACCGUUUCCUUUACGCCAACAGGACCCCUAUGUAUAUGACAGACUCUAACGACACAAGUUCCAAUGGAACUAAUGCAAACACCUUCUCUCUGGACCUUAAGACAAUAUUGGUGUCCACAGCUAUGGGCUGUUUCACAUUCCUUGGAGUGGUUUUAUUUUGUUUCCUCCUUCUUUUUGUGUGGAGCCGAGGGAAAGGCAAACACAAAACCAGCAUUGACCUUGAAUAUGUCCCUCGCAAAAACAAUGGUGCUGUGGUUGAAGGGGAGGUUGCUGGACCACGAAGGUUCAAUAUGAAAAUGAUUUGAUGGUAUUCUGCUAGCAGUGCUUUUUCUGUGGCAUUAAAACCAAUUAAACCAGCCUGGCAUGUGGAAUUGCUAGGCAGAAGCAGCUUAAUGCAGCUGUCACUGUAUCAAAAGGUUACAUGAAAAUGGAAAGACUAUUUGUGGUUAUACAGCAGAGCCUCCAGACCUUGAGGCAGAUAUGUCAGGGCCUUUCAUAGAACUGGUAAAUUGUACUGACUGUUUGCAUUGCAAAUAUUGGCAUUCUGGGGAUAUCAGCAAUGAACCGCUGGCUCAUGCUCAUGGACAAUUGUUCAACAUUUUCUACCACUACAGAAAGAAAAAGAAAAAAAAAACCUACAGUGUAGGAUUUACUUAAAGAAAAAGACACAUUUGUCUAAAACAUACUCUACAGUGAAAUUUGUAUCUAUAAAUCUCAUUUGGUAAAACCUUGCAUCAUCCCUUCUAAUUGGUU